UUUUACUCAGAAAGAAAAAGAGUGAAAAAUACUGUGUGUAUUUUCACUAUUUAGUGUGUGUGUUCUUCUUCUGGCGCCAACUUUUUACGUAGGGUUUCACUUUUUGAUCUUCAAUCUGGCCUCUAGGGUUUCAUGUUUCAAUCAACAAUGUCGAAUACCGAUUCUUCAAGAAGGAAAUCGACUCGGUUAACUCGUCCUGCUUACAUUCCUCCUCAUCUCCGUGACCAGGUAAACUACAAUGCCAAUGUCAAUCCAUACGGACUCGAUCUCAAUCCAAACUCCACAUUUCAUCAUCAAGAAUCGGUCACAGAACAGCAUUAUCCGCGAAACGGAUCCGUUCAGGUAGGAUCUAUCAACGGAGGAGGCGGUUACCGCGGUAGAGGACGUGGCCGUGGUCGUGAAGGAGGCAGAGGUAGAUCGCAGAUUCAUCAUCAACCGCGAGUUUAUCAAGAAGAACCUAACUAUUCUCUCUAUUCUCUCAAUAAGAAAGUAUUAGAGAAAUGUGACGAUCUUCCGGUGUUUGAAGAGUCGUCGUCUGGUGAUGUUGAUGUUGCUAUAAACUUCGAUGCGUAUGAAGACGUUCCGGUGGAGACAAGUGGCGCAGAUGUUCCUCCGCCGGUGAAUUCGUUUGAUGAAAUUGAUUUAGAAGAAUCUAUUUAUGAAAACAUCAGGAGAUGUAAAUAUGUUAAACCGACGCCGAUUCAGAGGAACUCGAUUCCGAUUGUAAUGGCUGGUAGAGAUUUAAUGGCUUGUGCUCAGACUGGAUCGGGGAAGACGGCCGCGUUUUGUCUUCCUAUUAUAAGUGGAAUUCUUAAAAGCCGAUCGUCGUCGUCGCCUAGGAGAGGCGAAGUCGCGUUUCCACUUGCUCUUAUACUAACACCAACCAGAGAGUUAGCUUGUCAGAUACAAGUCGAGGCGAUGAAGUUCUGUUCUCAUACUGGUGUUAAGGUUGCUAUUGCUUACGGUGGCGCACCGAUUUUCAAGCAGUUACAUAAUCUACAAAAGGGUGUUGAUAUUCUAGUAGCUACUCCAGGGAGAUUAGUUGAUAUGAUUGAUAGGGAAAGAGUUUCUCUAGCUAUGAUUAAGUAUUUGGCUCUUGAUGAAGCGGAUCGAAUGUUGGAUAUGGGUUUUGAGCAGCAGAUACGAAGGAUUAUUCAAGAGAGUGAGAUGCCUCAGCCUGGUUCGAGGCAGACUUUGCUUUUCAGCGCAACAUUUCCAACCGAGAUUCAAAAAUUAGCUUCAGAUUUCCUUUCAAACUACAUAUUUCUAUCGGUGGGGAAAGUCGGGUCCAGCGCUGAGCUUAUUGAUCAGAGAGUCGAAUUGGUUCAGGAUGAAGAGAAAAGACAGUGUUUGUUGGGUCUUCUUAAGGGUCAAGAUGUAUAUGGAAACUACAACAAGUGUGCUUUGACAUUAAUCUUUGUCGAGACGAAAAAGGGUGCAGAUGCAUUAGAGAGCUGGCUAACAAGGAAAGGUUUCCCAGCCUCUUCCAUUCACGGGGACAAAAUUCAAAUGGAGAGGGAACGAGCGCUGAAAUCAUUCAGAAACGGCGUGACCCCAGUUCUGGUGGCAACAGACGUAGCUGCAAGAGGUCUCGACGUUCCAAACGUGGCACAUGUCAUCAAUUUCGAUUUGCCAAAGUCAAUUGACGAUUACGUGCACAGGAUAGGAAGAACGGGAAGAGCUGGAAAAUCUGGAAUAGCAACAGCGUUUUUCAGCAAGAAAAACAUAGGGCUUGCUCCUGCACUGGCAGAACUCAUAAAGGAAUCGAAACAAGAAGUUCCACAGUGGCUCACUAACUACGCAGCCGACACUUCUAUUUACAGCAGCAGCGGAAAUUAUCAUAAUCAAAACAGGGGAUUUGCUCGUUAUGGCUCUAACUAUUAUUCUGAUGAUCAAGUUCCCAACUACCCUCCUAAUAACAAUGUUUCUUCUGAUGCAUCCAGCUCUAUGCCUAAUUAUCAGUACCCAGAAACUGAUGGUGGAGAUUAUUCAACAACUCCUUCUUCGUGUUCCCGCGAACAUUACGGUUUUGAUCACGGAUCAAUUGUUGCUACUGGAUGGGACUGACUUGACUGACUUACUGGAUGAAUAUAUAUAUAUAGUGAAGCAUAACAUAUAUAUAUGAUCUAUGGACGGAGUUUUUGAUUAUGCUAUUUGAAUUUAGUAUUAUUAUUAUUGUUAUAAGCCAUGAAUGACAG